CUACGUCACCACGUCACCUCACCUGGCACCACAACCAACAACAGCAGGACUACCACCAUCCACCAUCAUCAUCAUCACCAUUUGUAUCAUUCUCAACAUCAUCAUACAUUAACAUUAACAUCAACAACAUCAUUAUCAUUAUCUUCAACAUUAUCAUCUUUAGCAUCUAACAUAAUCAUUACCAUGUCACAAGUCACUCACCAUCCCCUUGCUAAUGCCAGUCAACCAAUGAGCCUAGGUUCCAACUUCUCGCCUGAAGAGUAUCGCAAGCGCAAAGUCGCCUUGAUUACUGGUAUAACUGGGCAAGAUGGAUCUUAUCUCACAGAGCUCCUUCUUGAUAAAGGGUACGAGGUACACGGUAUCAUUCGCCGAUCAUCCAGUUUCAACACUGGUCGGAUCGAACAUCUUUACAAGGAUGUGCACGAACGCCCCAAAAUGGUUCUCCAUUACGGUGAUUUGGCCGAUACGACGAAUCUCGUUUACAUAAUCUCCCAAACCCAACCAACAGAAGUAUACAAUCUUGCUGCUCAAUCACACGUUAAAGUGUCAUUUGAUAUGGCAGAAUAUACUGGUGAUGUGGAUGGACUUGGUACUUUGAGAUUACUUGAUGCGAUUCGUACUUGUGGUCUUACUCGACAUGUUAGAUUCUAUCAAGCUUCUACUUCAGAACUUUAUGGUAAAGUGGUUGAAACUCCUCAAACUGAAAAAACUCCAUUCUAUCCUCGAAGUCCCUAUGGUGUUGCAAAACUUUAUGGGUUCUGGAUCGUAAAGAACUAUCGUGAGAGUUACGAUAUGUAUGCUUGCAAUGGAAUUCUCUUCAAUCACGAGUCUCCAAGACGAGGAAGAACCUUUGUGACUCGUAAGAUCACACGAGCAGUGGCUGAGAUCAGCUUAGGUCUGCAGUCUUGCCUUUACCUUGGAAACUUAUCGGCCAAAAGAGAUUGGGGUCAUGCCAAAGAUUAUGUUGAAGGCAUGUGGAGAAUGUUACAACAAGAUGUAGCAGAAGAUUAUGUUUUAGCUACCGGUGAAACACAUCCGGUCCGGGAGUUCGUGGAGAAGGCAUUUGCAGUCGUAGGGACUGAGAUCAAAUGGGAGGGUGUGCCAGAUAGUUUAGAGGAAACCGGAGUGGAUGCGAAGUCUGGUAAGGUACUUGUCAGAGUUGAUCCGAUGUAUUUCCGACCAGCUGAGGUGGAGCUAUUGCAUGGGAUGCCUACAAAGGCUGAAAAGGAAUUGGGUUGGAAACGCAAAGUCUCCUUUGACAGCUUGGUUAGAGAGAUGGUUGAAGCUGACUUGGUCGGAGCGCGCACAGCCGACCAUAAUUAGUCCCAAGUGAAGAUGGAUGAAUCCAAAAGUAAAGAUAGACAUGCGUAAUUCAGAAGCAUCCUUAAAAUCACCCCUCUUCUAAUUCAUUAUUGCAUUCAUUUCUCUCUUAUCAUUUUCACAUCUUUUUGGAAGCAUUUGGACUUAUUUGAUCAUCUACUGUAUUUUUUUGAAAGUGACCUCAUACUCUUUAUGAUAGUAUUUGGAUCUUGUUACAUAUUCGAUAUUACAGGACAUUAUGAAAAAAUUUCAUUUUCUUUAAGGGAUUAGCUAGCUGUUUUUUUAGGAAAUCCAACAAACGGAACAGCCGCCUUGAAUUGAUCUCAUCUAUGUUUUUCUUUUCCUAAUGAAAGAACAAUUGGAAAAUUACAGGACUUCAAAUCACAGGGACUAUCUUUAUUCAAAAUUGUAUCAUGAUAGCAUCUUGAGGAUUUUUUAGAUGGACGUUUAGAUGUGGUUAUAUGACUUUGCCUGGAUCUCCUUCUUUUUAUUUCAUUUGAUGUGCUAGACUUUCAUUCUUGUCAUUGAUGUUACAUGAACAAUUUCAAUCAAUCAUUUGUGGUUUGACACCUGAGUU